AUGACGGCCUUCGUCGAUGUCGAGUGCCGCCGCAACAGGAAAGGCGUGGGAAGUUCCAGCAGCUGCCUUUGGAGGCUGCACGCGAGAGUGGAGAACCCGGUUACUCUGGGCAUGGUAGCUGACGUAUGCUGGAUUCGUGAAGGCGAGGUGCGCAGCGCAGUCGCUUCAACCAAGUACCGCCUCGUCGUGUUUGGCCACAAGCGAGACAUCCACGAGCGCAGCACUCUACGUGGUCUACCGAAGACGCUGAUCUCCAUCAAGCGCGACGGCAACACGGUCACUGACAGCGUUUCAUCUCCAGGCAGCUGCAUUCAGAGGCCACACGCCAGGAUACCUCGCGUUCACGGCACCAGAUGUACGGAGUUGCACCCCUCGCAACCUGGCCGAAGUUGGCAGGAUGCAUCGGCCAGUUGUUGCAGCAUUGCAACUAUGCCGUGCACCUUCUAAGCAGCGGCACUUUCCGGUCAUCGAUACGAGUCAGCAGCAGCCUCACUCCGGCGGGCCUUUCUGUGUCGUUUUUUUAUUGUAUUGUAUAUAUGCCCUAAAGUAGGCUAUUGCGCGCCGCUGCUUGUGAGACCAAGAAGGUCUACGC